CAAGGCAGGUCAGCAAGCUGUUUUACCCCUACCUGAAGACGGCUUCCCUGCAUAGGGACUUUCUGUUUUCCAGUGGCUCCGACGAGUCGGGAUGCGAGGCUGAUAUGUUGGAGGGCGCGGAGGUGGGACGGCACACGCCGCCCCGGCCGCAGCAAGAGCCCAUCAAUCUCAAGAAUGAGCAGGCGGAGUCAGACCGCGAGAGUGGCGCGAGUUCGCCGGAGGGGGGUGCGCGCGCGCAGAUAGCCGAGCCUCGGACCCCCUCCCCGCGCCGCUCACCACAGCAACAACAGCAUCUGAAUGGCUCCAUGGCGUCGAUGUUCCAAAAUCUGCAAAAUCUGGCGAACAUGCAACAGAAUAUGCCGCCGAUGUCGCAACAAUUGCAGCAACAGAUGUCGCAACAAAUGUCGCAGCUAGCAGCCAACCUACAGGGCUUGACGUCCAUGCCUGCCAACCCUGUCAUCAACUCGCCUUUGAACCUAAGCGUCAGUGCUCCAGGAAUGGGUUCCCCAAACCCUGUGGGCAACAGCAACAUGCUGCCACCAGCGAUGCCGUCCCCAAUGCCCCAGUUCAUCCUCGCGUCGGGACAGCUGGUGCAGGGAAUACAAGGAGCACAGCUACUCAUACCCACAUCGCAAGGAAUAGCAACACAGACGAUCCUAACGAUACCAGUAAACCACGUCAACUCCAACGACCAGAUGGUGAACCUGGCCCUGAACAACGGCCAAGUGGUAUCCACCUCCCUCGCCAACCUGCAAGCGAUGGCCCAACCCCACCAACUCCUCAACUCCAACCCCCAACAGUCCGCCAACAUUCGGCCCAACAUGCUGAACCCGACUUUAUCGAACGCAUUACUAAACCAGGGUUUGCCAAACUUCUUGUCGAACGGCGCCGCCAAUGCGCAGGAGUUGCUUCAAGCUUUACAGCAACAGCAACAGCCUCAAGGGAACCACAAUCUUCUGCAGACCGUACAGCAGAACAAUAUGCCACAGCAAAUGCAGGGGAGAAGGUCGUCUUCGCCAAGACCCGAGAGGCAUUAUAAGGAGAGGGAGAAUUACGAGAGAUUCGCGGGAGGUUCGAGAGAAAGGAACGAUAGGGAUAACUCUGGAGCUGUGCCGAUGAAUAAUAUUAACAGGCUGGCGUCUUCUAACGGCGAGAUCACCAUCACGACUUCCCACGGCAACGCGAACGCCGGCCCGGCCAGCAGCGCCGGCAGCGCCAGCUCGGGCCCCAUGGCAUCACCUCACCCACCCAUCAAGAUGUCGCCAGGCUCUGUCAAGUCGCCAUCGCAAGACGACGCCGAUUUACUCGCUGAUUCGCCAAAUCAACCUACAAUCAGCCAGUCAUCUAGCAACGUGGUGGACGGAAUCAAUCUGGAAGACAUAAAGGAGUUCGCCAAGGCCUUCAAGCUUCGUCGUCUGGGCCUCGGGCUGACGCAGACCCAAGUGGGCCAGGCCCUGUCAGUCACUGAGGGUCCAGCGUACAGUCAAAGCGCAAUUUGCAGUGCCCUGGCUUCGCAGAUGCUAGCAGCUCAGCUGUCGUCACAACAACAAAACAUAUUUGAGAAAUUGGAUAUAACACCAAAAAGUGCGCAGAAAAUCAAACCGGUGCUCGAACGUUGGAUGAAGGAAGCGGAAGAGAGGUACGCGUCUGGGCAGAACCACUUGACAGACUUCAUAGGUAUGGAGCCAAGCAAGAAACGUAAGCGACGCACCUCCUUCACUCCUCAGGCUUUGGAGCUGCUGAACGCGCAUUUUGAGAGGAACACGCAUCCCUCUGGCACAGAAAUAACGGGACUUGCACACCAACUAGGAUACGAACGCGAAGUCAUCAGAAUAUGGUUCUGCAACAAACGUCAAGCUCUGAAGAACACCGUCAGAAUGAUGUCCAAAGGAAUGGUCUAAAACAGACAACACCUAUAUUUUUAUUUAUCAAAAUAGUGACGAGAUGUACGACUUUUAUAUCGAUGUCGAUAAUUUCGCUUUACGAUCUGCACGUAAACGUCUCGUUAUUACACCUUAGUUAUUAUUUGCAUCGAUAGUGUCUUAUUUAAAAUUAAAAAGAUGUUCGGCGGUUCGUUUUAAUAAAUUAAUCAGGCCUUAAAGCAGAUCUUUGGGAUUCCAGCCAAGUUAAGAAAUGGGAUUUACAUAAUAUUAAGUGUAAUGUUAAUGUGAAAUAACAAAUUUCGACUGAAUAUUCAUCUCGAUGUAGUUGACGUGGUAUUUGAAUGGAAUGUCUUGAUAUUAUUAGGUGUUUUAGUACAAAAUAAUAAAUUGACGAAUUGUGUGUUACUCCGUAGAGACCGAUUAAAACACAAAUUUAUUCAUACACACAUUUUCACUCAUUCAUUCAUCUAGCAUUUCAUAGUUCCAUAUUAUUAAUUAAAUACAGUAUUAAAUAUUGGAUAAAAUCAUCAACCAAGUUCGCAUACAGUA